GAGAAAAGAGAGAGGGGGGGUCUCAGAGGCCGUAGGACUCGGGUGAAGAUGGCGGCAGCCGAGGCCGCGAACUGCAUCAUGGAGGUUUCCUGUGGCCAAGCAGAAAGUAGUGAGAAGCCCAAUGCUGAGGACAUGACAUCCAAAGACUACUACUUUGACUCCUAUGCCCACUUUGGCAUCCACGAGGAGAUGCUAAAGGAUGAGGUGCGAACCCUCACGUACCGCAACUCCAUGUUUCACAAUCGGCAUCUCUUCAAAGACAAGGUGGUGCUGGAUGUGGGCUCGGGCACUGGCAUCCUCUGCAUGUUCGCUGCCAAGGCAGGGGCCCGCAAGGUCAUUGGGAUCGAGUGCUCCAGUAUCUCUGAUUAUGCUGUGAAGAUUGUCAAAGCCAACAAGUUAGACCACGUGGUGACCAUCAUCAAGGGCAAGGUGGAGGAGGUGGAGCUGCCUGUGGAGAAGGUGGACAUCAUCAUCAGCGAGUGGAUGGGUUAUUGCCUCUUCUAUGAGUCCAUGCUCAACACUGUGCUGCACGCUCAUGACAAGUGGCUGGCACCUGAUGGCCUCAUCUUCCCAGACCGAGCCACCCUGUAUGUGACAGCCAUUGAGGACCGACAGUAUAAAGACUACAAGAUCCACUGGUGGGAGAAUGUAUAUGGCUUUGAUAUGUCCUGCAUUAAAGACGUGGCCAUCAAGGAGCCCCUGGUGGACGUGGUGGACCCAAAGCAGCUGGUCACCAACGCCUGCCUCAUAAAGGAGGUGGACAUCUACACAGUCAAGGUGGAGGACCUGACCUUCACCUCCCCGUUUUGUCUGCAAGUGAAGAGGAAUGACUAUGUGCAUGCACUAGUGGCCUACUUCAACAUCGAGUUCACCCGAUGCCACAAGAGGACCGGCUUCUCUACCAGUCCUGAGUCUCCAUACACACAUUGGAAGCAGACUGUGUUCUACAUGGAGGACUACCUAACAGUGAAGACCGGCGAGGAGAUUUUUGGCACUAUUGGAAUGAGGCCCAACGCCAAAAACAAUCGUGACUUGGACUUUACCAUCGACCUGGACUUCAAGGGUCAGCUGUGUGAGCUCUCUUGUUCCACCGACUACCGGAUGCGCUGAGGAGGUGCCAGGCUGGCCCUCCUGCAAAAGGGGGCUCAGGGGCUGGGCUUGGGGGAUGGGAGGGUACAUCGUGGCUGUGUUUUUCAUAACUUAUGUUUUUAUAUGGUUGCGUUUAUGCCAAUAAAUCCUCAGCUGACCGUGAAAAAAAAAAA